AUGGCCGACAGAGCCGAGGGUCAGCAUGAUCGUAUUAACACAAUAUUUAAUUAUUUUACGGCAGGUAGCGGUACGCACCAUGGACAGUUUGGUGUUCAAAACGAAAAACAGGCAGUCACGCCCGAAGAUGUUUACCCGGAGCAGGCAGAUGCUGUGGAUUUUAAUCAUAAGCUCGUGGAGGGCCAAGUAGUAGCCUCUGAAACCGAAGUCUGUGAACACCAUGUGACGACAGAUAGCACCAGAGAGAAAGAAUCUGGCUACACACAAGACAAGGACAAGCCCAAAUUCAAGAAAAGAUUUCAACAGAAAUGGUUGAUGGAAUUUGAUUGGCUACAACACAAUUCUGAUCAUGCAUUAAUGUUUUGUGGUACUUGUAAACUUGCCAGUGGUGCCAGAAACAGUCUUAAAUCUAAUGCAUUUGUUAAAGGCACAUCAAAUUAUCAGCGGUCUGCACUUACUAGACAUAUGAACAGUGAUGACCAUGUCUUGGCCAAGAAAACAGUUACUCAGCAGAGGUUUAUGGCAGCAGCUAAAGUGACUGUACAGAAGCAAUAUAUGCCAAUGCUUGAAUCACAAUUAAGAACAGCUGCCUGGAUGGCAGAGCAGAAUAUAGCCAAUAAUAAAUUUCUGCCACUCAUUGACUUGCAGAUUGCAAAUGGAUCAUCUCAUUUCACAGAUAGAAAGGGUAUAUACACCAACCACCAAGCCCCAGCGACAAUGCAGGAAUAUAUGGCUAAAGUUUUGAAAGAAAUGGCUAUUGUGCGCAUUAAAGACAGUCCAUUUUUGGGGAUAAUGGUUGACGAGUCUCUAGACAUUGCCACAAACAAAAAACUGAUAAUGUUUUGCAAAAUUAUUCACAAUGGGAAAAUACAAAUUGAAUUUGCUGCCAAUAUUAGUAUUCAUGAUGGGAAGGCAGAUACUGUGUACAAUUGUAUUGUUGAGUGGUUGCAGGAAAUCGGCUAUAAUAUAAAUAAAGUCAGUGGUUUUGGGAGCGAUGGUGCUUCAGUUAUGACAGGAAGAUUAACAGGUGUGGGGGUCAGGCUAAAAGCUUUAAAUCCCAAAAUAGUUCAUAUCUGGUGUGCAGCUCAUAGGCUUGCUCUAGUUUCAUAUUGGGCAUCAAAACGUAUACCUUAUUUGCAUUCCAUUAAUGAAAUAUUAAUUGCCAUAUACAAUUUCUACAAUUACUCUGCUCCAAGAUAUGUGAAGAUAAAAGAGUUGCAGGCAUUACUUGGCAAAAAAGUGAAACGCUUUAAAAGGCCCAGCCAGAUCAGAUGGUUAUCCAUGUCUGAUGCUGUCGAUGCUUGCUACGAGUCAUAUUCUGCCCUGGUAUUAGGACUUGAGCAUGAGGUAGCUUCCUCGCCAAACAGCGAGGGAGGUAACAAAGCCAAGGACAUAUUAAAAAAAAUCAAAACUUUUAAAUUCAUUGCAGCACUGUGCUUAUUGAAAGACAUUUUGAAAAAUCUGGAUCAAGUUUCUAAAACAUUCCAGAAAAAUGUUUUGGAUAUACACCAACUGAAAACUGUGAUUAAGGCAACUAGAAAUCUAAUUAAUUCUUAUCGUGACAAUGACCCCCCAACUUUGUCGACUUGUAUCCAAAUGAUUGAUGAGAAUGAGGAAUUCCAAGGUAUUCCACUAAAGUGUAGUUUGCAAGACAGCUUGGUGUUGCAUCGUUUGAAAAUAAAGUAUGUUAAUAAUCUGCUAAGUGAAAUUGACAACAGAUUUCCUGAUGAUGAGUUGGGUAUUCUAAAUGACCUAAAUGUUGUAUUAAAUCCAAAAUUAUUGCCCAUGCAUGAAGUAGGCAUUAGAAACCAUGGAAAUGAUAGUUUUAGAAAGGUGCAUUGUAAAAUAUGGAGGGGAUGA